AUGUCCUCAUCACCAAACGAGUCAAAGGCUCUGUGUGACUACCUCGGAAUAGAGGAAGAGGUGGACUAUGGUAGCGAUACCAGUGUCCGCGGUGACACAGGGACAACGUCCGGCUCACUGAUGCCUGAGGCACAACCUUCGAACACCCCAAAUCCGUUCGCUGAACGUGGAGGUGCGAGCGCGCCGCCAGCGCAGCAUGCAGCAUCUGGUUCUGAUGAGACUAUCAUCACGAACCCGCUCGAUGAGCAACAACAACUGCUUCGCGUUCAAGGGUUCACCCCGCCCAGUGUGGAGGAACGUCUGCGUCAAGCGGCCGGCCAAACAUUGGCAACGUGGGUCAUUGGCCAUGGGCCUAAGACUCCUGAGGAGGUGGUGAGCUUCCAGGCACUUCGUGAGAGGUACCUGGAGCCGCACCUAACGACUCAAAGUCAAUACAAGGCACGCCUUGACAUGCAAGCACGUGGUGCACCAGUUCCACCGAUGAAGGGUAUACCCAUUCUCCUGCUCGCAGGCGAAACAGCGAGUGAAGAAGACGAUGCCUUUGUUCACUGGGCUCACUAUGUGCGUCGCCUCAGCAACAUUUUUGCUCUAAGGGCUAGUGCCCAUGCGGCGGAUGUGCGUCUCGAACGCAAGCUUCGGUAUGAUUUUGCCAAGCUUAAGGCCAGAGGCCAAUUGCGCAAGCGCACGCGCUAUGCUUCGGCUACUAAGGUAGCCGCGAGUGCUGGUCAGUCUGUGACCAACAACCCGCCAACCCGCACCACUAGUGGUGGUGAACGGCCUCGGCCUCGAGAUGACCAUGGCCACGAUGCUCAAAAGCCUCCAAAGCAUAUGGGCAGUCUUGUCGAAGGGGUACCUCAAAUUCCCAUGAGUUUUCAGACUCAGGGUACCCACGCCACUUUACCAGAUACUGGUAUUGGCCCUGACGACGACGUCGUUUCAGUAGUCUCUCGACAUGGAAUUGACGACACCCAUGCUCAUCGAGCAAAGUCGGUGGCGGCCGGUGUACCGGUGGAGGCCCACGAGAAAUUGGUUCUCGAAGUGAAGGGUCUUCAAGAGGCCUUGGGUAAGUCCCAGUGCAUGCUGGAUGCGAUGCAAAGCCGCCUUCAGGCGAUGGAGCAAGCUCAAACUCGGAGCGAGGCUCAGUUGGACUUGCUGAUUUGUCUACAGCAAUCCGGGGCAGUGCCCUUGUCGUCGGCGCAAGCGCCUCCAAGUUCACAUGGGAAGGAUCCCGGUACGGCUUAA